GACCCAAAGCCCAUUCCGUCAUCUUCGGAAGAACACAAUUCAGCUCACUUGCAGCAAUGAGAUAAUAUUAUUAGUAGCCUCCACCAACCCCCCUUUGACUGAUGGAAUCUUCAUUUAAUUACUUUCUUGUGCAGUUAGGGAGUUUCUGUAGUUGAAUGAAACCGGAAAUGACAUGCUUAUCCCAUGGUUGCAUGCCAAAGCGACCGGACCACGCCAUAAAGAUCUAAAUAACCCUUGUCAUAUGGUACUAAUGUCUUCCUCUCAGAUCUUCUCUUUCCCCCUCCUAUACUAAACCGUCGUGGACCUCCUCCUAUUGCCCAAUCGAGUCAAACACCGUCGACUUCCCCUCCAUCCCACUUAUUCACCGCCUUACGUUUGUGUGGUAGUGUUAUCAGCACGUGACGCCCCCUUUACAUCUAUUCGGCCAAUCUAUACCUAUUUCUUAUCCACUGCAGCAAGGCUUAAAGUGCUUCGGCCAUGUCUGUGGACGUCCCAGGCCAAGCUUCUGAUGUACAAGUCCUCAUCAAUGAGGCGAGGACGCUUGUGUCUCAGCUUUAUGAUCCAGCAAAUACCGGCAACCCCGCCAAGAUCAAAGCUAUCCAGGAGCACCUACAGAUUCUCCAGAAAGGCCCCCAAGCAUGGCUCAUUGCUAAUGAUCUCCUCAGUGAUGAAAGCACUGAUCUAAGAUUCUUUGGAGCCUUGACAUUUACAGUCAAGAUCAACCAGGAUUGGCAACAGUUAAAUGAAGAUGACGCUCGAGAACUCCUCGGGCGGCUGAUUGAUCACUAUGUUCUUCUAGUUAAUGGGGGAGAGCGCCCUCUAGUGGUACGCAAGUUGGCUUCCAGCCUGGCAACUAUUUUCUUGAAGCCAAAUGCUCCCUGGACCCAUGCGCUUUGGAACAUAGCAGCUUCUUUGGCAAAUGGAAAACACCUCUCUGAGGAACAGUGCCAAAAUUUUGACCUGCAGGAUGCCGUUCUUCCCGCCAUGUCCGAAAGGCAGGUGGUCAGCUUACUAUAUUUCUCCAACAUACUAGCAGAGGAAAUCAAUAGAUGGGGCCCGGAGUCACGCCGGAGCGGUGACAGCAAUCGUGCAUCCGAGAAUAUCAAACAUGCUUUUGUUCUAGUCGAGUUUGUCCUCCGUCAUAUGCUGCAGCAGGAAUCUUCCGGUCAGCCUAUAUCUGAUGGGGCCCCAGGCGUUGAGGCUAUCAAUUCGUACCAAGUAAGAAUACCCCACCUACGCGACAAAGCUUACCUAACUUCAUGGCCUCAGUCAUGGGCCUUAGUUCGUAAUGCGCUCCAAGUUCGCGACACGAUAUCUGCCACUCAGCUUGCUCCUGCCACGGACUAUGUCAUCCAGAGUCUGAAGGUUCCCAGUUUAUCCAAGUCUGCAAUGCAAGUCCUGGUUGACUUAAUAGAUUGGCGAGACAGUAUCUUUAGCCAGGAGCAUAUCAACUCUGUAUUGGAAUAUAUCACCAGUGAUCUUGGUACCGCCCGUAUUGCUUCCAUAAUGGAUGCCGAUUUCGAAGAUGACAAUAUGACGUUUUUGGAACUUCUAUUAGCGUACGCAACGCUCAAGCAAAGGGAGCUUCUGAUCCAACCCCUGGAUCCUGAUCAUGAUAAAGUUCUAGGCCUUCUCCAUACACUUUUCAAGGCCCCUGGCUAUGCAGCAGUCGACGAUUCAGCAUCACCGUUGGUCCUGGAGUGGUGGACUGAAGUUGCAGAUGAUCUCCAAGAGAUAUACCUGGAUGCGGAUGAGCAAACAGAGUUUGAUUCUGCAAAGCGCAAUUUGGCUCGCGCAGCUAUGGACUGUUUUGAGAAACUCAAAUACCCAAGUCCAGAAGAACUACAGGAAUGGGGUGAUGAUGAUCGCAGUGAGUUUGGUGCUUUCCGCCGCGAUGUCUGUGACUUCCUUCUAGCAAUAUAUCCAAUGUUAGGAGUUGAGUUGGUCCAAGUGUUCCAAGAACGAGCAAAAUCGUCUCUGAUGCAGCAGGACUGGAGAACAUUCGAGGCCGCAAUAUUCUGCAUGGCUCAGCUUUCGGAAGCUGUAGACGAAAACCAGCAUGCAGAUGAAUGCCUAAACGCAAUUUUCUUUUGUGAUGAAUUUGCCCAAUUAUGUUCGAGUGAAGGAACAGUGAUUCCAGACAAACCUCGUCAAACACUGGUGGACAUGCUCGGAAAGUAUCAGGCUUAUUUUGAACGCACGCAUGCCCUACUUCCUCGCGUGCUAACAUUCCUUUUCGCAUCACUCGACGUUGCAUCGUGUGCGUCCGUAGCGUCAAAGUCUAUAUCACAUCUUUGCAAGUCAUGCCGCAACGCUUUAACUUUUGAACUUCCAGCGUUCAUGGACCAGUUUGAGCGCUUUCGCUUCAAGCCUACAGCUACCGCUUCAACGAUGGAAAAGGUCCUGGAGGGUAUUGCCGCGAUCGUACAAACAUUACCUACUGAUAACGAAAAAGCACAGAUUUUGGAGAGAAUAUUAAAGUUUUUCCAGGAGCAGGCAAAGCUGGCACGGGAUGAAGCCGUUCGUGGAUUGGUAGAGCCUGCCCGCUGUCGCGGCCAGUUGGUUCUCCGUUGUGUUGCAAGUAUUGGAAAAGGUCUCAGAACAGAUGGUGAAAUUGUCAUAGACGCUCUUGAUGGCGGAAAUGGGGAUCCAUACCCACCAACCUUUUGGAACACGGGCAAUGGAGCUGCAUCACAGAAUCUAAUAAUGCAAUGCAUGCAGCUUCUAAUGACCGACUUUCCCUUGGAUGUGACUAUCAUUGAAGCAGCAUGCGACAUACUGAAAGCCGGUUUUACCGAAAACAGUGGACCCUAUGUCUUCCCGCCGAUGAUGACAGUCGAUUUCGCGAAGAGUAUACCGUUAGGGAGUGCUGGGACGGAUAUGGUCAUGGGCACGGCCUCGGCGUUUCUGGCAUCUCACAGCGCGCACCCACAACGUAUUCGCAACGAGACUGUUGCCCUGAUUGUCCACGUAUAUGAGACAUUCUGUUGGAUGCAUGAGAAGCCAGAGUUCUACGAUCCCGAGGUUGCGAAUAGUGGCAUUGAUUUUCUUACUCGCCUGCUCCCAAAGUAUUACCCCUUUCUCUUUACGCUAACUGCCAUGCCUCAUGAAUCCGAUCAGUCAGGGGUCAGUCAUGUAAACGGUGCCCCUCAACGUCCACCAGUACUUCAAGCGAUUCUGAACUUUACACUCCUCUCCUUGCAAGGGCCAGAGCCAUUGCCCCUUCGUUCUGCCUCCCAGUUCUGGGUAGGCGUAUUGAACCUUCCUAGCGAAGAAGAACAUGUACAACGCGCUCUCAGAGACAGCAUUCCUGCUCUUUGCCGGAUCCUAGCAUCACAGAUUGCCGGGCGCUGUGCCCGUUCUGACCUUGAACAUCUCUGUGAAGUGCUCAGAAGGCUCAUUUUCAAACAGCAAGGACUCGCUCGUCCGCAUCUCACUGCCACGCUAGCUGAAUUGGGAAAUAGCCGUACAAAUCAGGAUCAGAGCCCUGCUGUAUCGCCUGAGGAAAGACAGCGUUUUCUUGCGUCGCUGUUAACUGCUAGAGGUGCAAAAGCACUGACCAGCCAAUUGACGCGUUCCUUUUGGGUUAAAUGCCGCGGAGCUGGUUUCGAUUAUAUUGGGUAGAUAUGGGGGAUUGACAGUUGUCGCAACCUGGACAAUGCAACAAAUACGAGGGAAUGAAGCGGGAUUUGUCAGAGUAAAAAUAAUUAUCCAGUCCAAAGUGAGGCUCGCAGUACUGAUGUAGCACAAGCACAUGGCUAUGUCAGCAGCAGAUGUGUGAGCGCCCUAUAGGGCAGUGGCCCUGGCGCAUUACACCACCUUCGUGCCUAUUCUCGUCAUAUUCGAGUCUAUUAAGGCGGGCAACGCAUUGUUCCAGCGCUUACAAUGGCAAAGAGCCACUUGUUCUCCUUAAUGAAGUGGGUCAAUCAUGCACGUCCACCAGCCAC